UGGAAUCUUAUGACGUCAUUUUUACCCGACACACAUAUUUGUCGUGUUUUGAGCAUUGGACCAGAUAUUAACAACAUACGUGCCGUAACGUUAAGACCGGAGAUCUUUUAAGAUAUGUUGUGUUAUAACAAAUUUUAAUUGUGGUUUUAAUAUCGGCGGAUCUUUAACGAAGAAUUCAAAGAAAAUCGGGAGAUAUUAUUGAACAACGCAGGAAGAACUGUGCUAGACGCCUAACGUUAUCGCUACGGAAGAUGAACGUGAAACCUGGCUGGCUGCUGCUUUUGUCCAUCGCUGUUGGGGUCUGGUCAGUGCCUAUUGAUCGCAAUGUAGGCAACCAGGAAGCAAAACAGGAAGUGCAAGAGGAGAACGGGGACACUGGCCUGUACUACGACAGGUAUCUCAGAGAGGUGAUUGAGGUUUUGGAAACAGACCCUCACUUCAGAGAGAAACUGCAGACAGCAAACACCGAGGACAUCAAGAAUGGUCGUCUCAGUAAAGAGCUGGACCUGGUCAGUCACCAUGUCAGGACUCGCCUGGAUGAGCUGAAGCGUCAGGAAGUUUCUCGCCUCAGGAUGCUGCUCAAGGCCAAACUGGACAGCACCAGCAUACAGACCCUUCAGAUGGACCACGCCUCCCUGCUGAAGCAGUUUGAACAUCUGGAUCCCCACAAUCAAAACACCUUUGAGGCCAAAGACCUUGAGCUGCUGAUUUCGACGGCCACCAAGGACCUGGAGAACUAUGAUGCCGAGAGACACGAGGAGUUCAAACGCUACGAGAUGCUGAAGGAGCACGAGAGACGGGAGUACUUGAAGAGCCUGGACCAGGAGAAGAGGGAGAGAGAGGAGAAGAGAAUGGAGGACCUGAAGGAGAAACACCGCCAGCACCCCAAAGUCAAUGCUCCGGGUAGUGUUGCUCAGCUACGGGAAGUUUGGGAGGAGACGGACGGACUGGAUCCCCAGGAGUUCAACCCAAAAACAUUUUUUAAACUGCAUGAUACAAAUGAAGAUGGCGUUUUAGAUGAGCAGGAAUUGGAGGCUCUCUUCACUAAAGAGCUGGAGAAGGUCUACGACCCGAAGAACGAGGAAGAUGAUAUGAUGGAGAUGGAGGAAGAAAGGCUAAGGAUGAGGGAGCACGUCAUGAAGAAUGUGGACGCUAAUAAAGAUCGUCUCGUCAGCCUGGAGGAGUUCCUCAAAUCCACAGAGAAGAGGGAGUUCAAUAAUCCCAGAGAGUGGGAGACCCUGGACACCAAGCCGGUGUACACGGACGAAGAGCUCCAGCGGUUUGAGGCCGAACUCCGGGACAAAGAGGAAGAGCUGAAGAGGAGGGCGGAGACUCUGCAUCAGGAGCAGGAGCUGCUGAAGGAGAGAGGCAAAGCCCUGGAGGCCCAGAGGAGAGAGUACCAGCAG